AGAAAUACCAGGCCAGAGAGACCGCAUCCUUUGCUUCUCUUGAGCAAUGCGUUUAGAGGAUGAGCGACGGAAUGUUCGACUUCUGCGACAUGCCAGUGGUGAUCUUCGAAGGUUUAUUGUUGGGCCGACAGCUGCGCUUUUGGGCCGCGGCGGAGGCUGAGCUGCCUUUCCCGGCCAAGGCGCUGUGCGAGGUCCGGCGACUGCGCCACGAGGACUUCGAUGAGGAUCUGCUGCUGAGACACCGCCUGGUCACAGCUGUCCUGGAUCUCGGCCACAGAACACGUCUAUUCCAAUGGCAAUCGGAGAGCUUCAAGCCGGCGAACAGCAUGUGCGGCAGCGUUUUCGACACGGUGCAGCUUCUGUGCGAGCACCUCAGCACCCUACCGCCCCCCAGACGGGCGCUGGAGCUAGGCGCCGGCGUGGGCUUGCCGGGCCUGUGGCUGGCGAGCGGAAGCCCGGCUCGGGUGGUGCUCAGCGACUGUCAGCCAGGCGUGCUGAGACUCUUAGCUGAGAACGUGGAGCUGAACGACCUGCAGGGCCGGGCCGUGGCACAGCGCCUGCGCUGGGGCGAGGAGGUCGAGGACUCCUUUGACCUGGUGCUGGGCUCGGACAUCUUGUACGACGCCUCGGCCGCCUCGGGCCUCUUCGCCACCGCCGCUGCUGCCAUGGCGCCGGAGGGCCGCUUCGUUCUUGCGAACACCAUCCGCGGGCCCAGCGUGGGAGUGAAGGUCAUCCUACAGCACGCCGCCGCCAGCGGCUUGCGCUGGGUGAACUCUUGCGACCUGGGCGCCUUGCAGCAAAGCGAGGCCUAUGUCUUCGUCUUUGAGAAGGAUAAACUGCGAGACCAAAAGAGGCCGAUUGGAAUGGACGCCAAGCCCAACUCCACGACCCGGGGGCAGCUACCAGGCAUACCGUCCUCCAUCGACCGAGUCUCAGCGGAGUGCAUCUGGAAGUCCUUCUGUACCAGCAGCGGCCCCAGUCUGGGAGCCGCGAGUUGGGAGGUGGACUACGUGCGGCAGCGGAAGCUGCAACCGGCGCAGCCGCGCCGAAAGCUGAGUUCGGGCGGAGAAAAGGACCUGGGCUACGGCCAGCACCAGAUCUCCAACCUCCACGGCUUUGAGGUGGCCCGGGCACCCAGCGAGGUGCGGAAUGCCUCCUACAUGAGCGUGCGCCGGGCCAAGCCGAGUGCUUUUCUCGAGGAGCCGAAGCGGCGCGCCGGGGGGGUGGGAGGUGCUCGCUUUCUUUCUGGGGAGGGCAGGGCGGCGGCCAAAAGCCGCUUGGGCCAGGUGACCCCAGAUCGGCCCCCGAUGGUCCUGCCCAAGUACCAGCGCUUCUCAGGGGACCACAUGUUGCCGCUGGAGAUGAACCCGAUGGGCUCCGAGACAGGUUUUGCCAAGUUUGACAGGAAGAUCCUUACAGUACUCAUCCUCGACAGUGGCCCUGCGGCAGUGUGCUUGGCUUUGCUCACGGGUCUCCUGGUGAUGCUGCUCUUCUGGUUUGAGACUCUUCCUGGCAUUGACCUUGGGUUCCGGGAUUCCAUUGGCCGCACCCUGGCGCGGGUCAUCUCCAUGCCUAACGAGGCGGAGGACGCUCAGAACAACUUCAACGAGAGAUACGUCAAGUCCUACCUCCCGCCCGGAGACGAUCAGUACACGGACAAGUGGGUCGGCGGGAACUCGUCAUGGCGGUCCUACAUGUCCCAGUACGGCGCUGCUGGAGAUUACCAGAAGUUCCUGAAGCAGUACGGGGGGCCGCAGGCCAACUACGAUCAAUACGUCAGCCUCUACUCGUCAAUGGCCGGGCCGGGCGUGACCUCCGGAGACAACUACAAGGUGUCCCUUCUCAGCGGCGCGGCUCGCACCUUGAGCUGCCCCCAGGAGGCUUCGGCGCGGGAGAUCCGGGGUCUGGCGGAGGCGCUCUUUGGAGCGCCGAGGCUCCGGCUCUUUCUGGACUCUGCGGAGGCAGAGGAGCUCCAGGACACGUGCGCCGCGAAAGAUCUGGCGGGUCGCAGCCUCUUCGCGGUGGCGCAGUCGGAGCCGGAGUGGUGCACCAACAAGCGCUUCUACAAGGGCUACGCUCAUGGGAGGCAUUGUGGGAAGGAGGAGGAUUCCUGGGACAUCACCAUCGAAGUCCUGAAAGGUGGCGACUUCAUAUACACCAAGAAGGACCACAGCCACGACGCGGAGUGCGGCUUCAGGUUUGACAAGCACACGAAAGCCGAAGGCAAGUGGCACUGCAGCUGGGAUGAGAAGAAGCAGGACGAGGUCUUGGUACUCACGGGCCGAGCCACCACUCGGGAGGUCCAGGAUGUAAGGAGGUAUAGCGACUUUGAGGACGAGGACGAGGAAGAGGGCGAGGAAGAGGGCGAGGAUAUGCAGAGCUUUGACAGGAGACCAGCACCAAGGAUUUCCAGUACACCUUCACCAAGGCGGAGCUGUUGA